UUCAGUUGCAAUUGAACAUGACCGCCGCUGCGUUGAGCCAUGCUCAUUCGUUCUUUAUUAUUGCGGAAACAAGCUCGCAAUGCCACCACUAAGAGGGUCUUGACGCUCGGUUGCUUCCCCGAUGCAUCAACAGCCUCUGUUUCGCCUCUUCGAUUACGAAGACUUGUCCAAUCGAGACAGCAAGACAGUGACUUGCGCGUCUUGCUGGACAAUCCAACCGCAGCAUCCCCAUCGUCGUCUGCUGCAAUAGCACCAACGGGCCUUUUUAUGCACUCCGCCCUUCGGCGGCCAUAUGAUUUCAUCUCUUUGACCCACUCUACAAUCAGUCGCGCCAGAGCCAUAGUAAGACGAAUAUCCAACGCACGCUCUUCUGGCCUGUCGGAGAUGCGAAACGUUGUCAAAAACUUUGAUCGACUGAGCGAUGUUUUAUGUAGCGUGAUAGAUGUGGCUGAGUUGGUCAGACACACACACCCAGACCCCAAAUGGGUUGUUGCGUCCAAUGAGGCUUAUGAAAUGCUUUGCUCGUAUAUGAAUGUGCUCAACACGCAUACGGGACUAUACGAGGUGCUCUCAACGGUAGUGCACGACAAAGCGCUAUCCUCACAUUUUACCUCGGAGGAGAGAGCAGUGGCCACAAUAUUUCUUCGUGAUUUUGAACGUUCCGGAAUAGAUCUUCCGCCAUCACAAAGAUCAAGAUUUGUAGAACUUUCCGACAAAAUUUUGCACAUUGGAAGAAAGUUUUUAAUCGGGGACGGAAGGGAAAGAGGGGAAGUGAGCAUCCCUUUAUCGGUUUUGAGCAAUACCAUCGUCCCACAGGGUCAGCACCACCUUCAUAACCUCGGCAAGCGGGCAUCUCGCCUUACACGCAAUGUCAUGGUACGGGGUGGAUCUUGGGAGGCGCAGCUAAUAAUGCGAUACUGCGCUGACGCCCGAAUACGGAAAGAUGUCUAUCUAGCUAGCGAUCAGGAGAAUAUAUCAGGAAUAGAAACGCUUGAAUCCCUCUUGCGGGCUCGGCAUGAACUUGCCAAACUUGUAGGCAAGAGCAGCUUCGCGGAAAUGACUUUGACCGACAAAAUGGCAGGAUCGCCAGAUAACGUCCUACGAUUCCUCCGUGCACUAGGCCACCACCAUCGUCCAUCCGCAUUAGCUGAAAUCAUACGACUUCGCGGCGCCAAAGCUACUCCUGAUUCCCCAUUCCCCACCAUCUAUCCAUGGGAUCGCGAGUUCUAUGCCAACGCAUUGCCGCCCUCCUCUACCGCCUCCUCCCGGCCGCUUCCAAUUUCGGUUGGCUCGGUCUUCGGCGGCCUAUCUAAAUUAUUCAACCACCUGUUUGGCCUCUCAUUCCGUGUGACAGAGACAGCUGCUGGGGAGGUUUGGCAUCCUGACGUCAAGAAGUUGGAGGUUUCAGAUGAGGACGCUGGGGUGAUUGGUUGGAUCUAUGUAGACUUAUUCGGGAGGGAAGGCAAGCCUCACGGUGCCGCACACUAUACAGUGAGGUGCUCGAGACGAGUGGAUAAUGACGAUUGGUUGGGUGACGCUACACACGAAGACCCAACCAUGCCUCUCUCGUCGUUGUUGGAGACUGGGCGUGGCAACAUUUUGUCCGGUUUGGGUCCACGACCAAUCCGUAACAAAGAAGGGUUAUAUCAACUACCCAUAGCUGUGUUGUCAUGCGAUUUCGCCAAGCCUAGCGUGAAACACGGUCCAACUAUGCUUACCUGGACCGAGGUGGAAACAUUGUUCCAUGAGAUGGGUCAUGCCGUGCAUUCCAUGUUGGGACGAACCGAAUUCCAUAACGUGGCAGGGACACGUUGUGCGACUGACUUCGUCGAGCUGCCGUCUAUUCUGAUGGAACACUUUCUAGCCUCAGCACCCGUCCAGUCCUUGCUUACAGACAAACCGAAUACAACUAUCGUCGCACCCUCCAGGUCCCGGGGGCCAUUGCCCGCUGUAGACGCGCACGCCCAGAUCGUACUCGCCACCUUAGAUCAGCUCUACCAUUCACCCAAAGCAGGAGAAGAAGCGUUCUCUUCAUCACAGGUUCUCGCAGAGCUUCAAGACACCCUUGGUGUUUUCCCGUUCGUACCGGGGACAGCAUGGCAGACACAGUUCAGCCACUUGUACGGGUACGGCGCAACCUAUUAUUCUUACCUGUUCGACCAAGCCAUCGCGUCCCGCGUUUGGUCACAGCUCUUCGAGUCUGACCCCCUGAACAGAGAGACGGGCGAGCGCUACAAAAAUGAAGUACUUAUCCACGGCGGAGGCAAAGAGCCUUGGGAAAUGGUCGGGAGCUUACUCCGCGAUCCAAUGAUAGGAUCUGGAGGCCACAACGCGAUGGAAGCUGUUGGUCGAUGGGGAAUUGACCAUUCCGUUUCUGCGUCCCAGACACACUAAUUGAUAUUCAUUGGUUGGGUGAACAGUAAUGCAAUCCAGUUCAUAGACCUCAUUAUCGGGAUAGACACACAUAUGUAAUGUUAAUUCGCUCAUGGCUGGGAAGUUCAUGAAUCCCCAAGAUGAAUGGUGCGGUUUGAGGUGUUUGCUCGAUAUAUAGAUGAAUGACAUAACAUG